AAGCGGGGACGGCACACCAAGUCGUACAGAUUACUACAGCAGCUGUGUCUGAAACUCUGUAUCUGGGAGAACCGGGGAAGACGAAGCGCGAGAGAUGAUAAGGGUGGCGUCUCCGCGGCCUCCGUCCGCCGUGCAGCAGCUACGGGGCUGCAGCGCCUCCUCAUCCUCCGCUUGCCCCUCCUCCAGGGGGUCCGGGAGCAGAGUUGCGGCGACAAAUCGGAGCAGGAGGAGAAGGAGCGUUAUCUCCUGCUGCUCGUCCGAGGACAAGGAAGGGGCCCGCGGCGCGGCGCCUCCGCCUCCGACUCCGGCUCCCGCGGCCGCACCUUCAGACGGAUCGAUUCAGCUCUACUCCCAGAUCGAGAGGGUGAUCACGGAGGCGGCGAAGCAGUCCAGCCAGGGCUGGGAUUCGACCGGAGAUUGGACCGAAAUCGAGGGUGCGUGGGUGCUGAGGCCCAAGUCCUCGGACCCCUCCUUCGUUGUCCAUUUCAUCGGUGGGAUUUUCGUUGGAGCCGCGCCGCAGGUCACCUACCGCUUCUUCCUCGAGCGUCUCGCGGAAAAGGGAGCUUUGGUGAUUGCUACACCAUAUGCUAGCGGUUUUGAUCAUUUCUACAUCGCAGACGAUGUUCAGUUUAAGUUUGACAGGUGCUUGAGAAACUUGGUUGAACCUGUAAAUGACCUUCCUACUUUUGGUGUCGGACACUCUUUGGGUUCUCUCAUCCAUCUUCUGAUUGGAUCAAGAUAUGCUGUGCAGCGAAGUGGAAACGUACUGAUGGCCUUCAAUAACAAGGAGGCAAGCCUCGCGAUUCCAUUGUUUUCGCCUGUAAUUGUUCCCAUGGCACAGAGUUUUGGUCCGAUACUAUCCCAGUUGACAUCGUCUCCGACAGUUCGUUUUGGGGCUGAAGCAGCUAUUAAGCAACUUGAGAAUCUAGGCCCUCCUGUUGUUAAGCAACUUCUUCCCUUACUUCAACAACUUCCUCCACUGUAUAUGGACUUAGUAGAUGGCCGGGAAGACUUCAUUCCAAAACCAGAAGAGACGCGUCGGCUGAUAAAAUCCUACUAUGGAAUUUCUCGGAACCUCCUAAUAAAGUUUAAAGAUGAUCAAAUUGAUGAAACCUCUAUCCUUGCACAAAUACUAAGCUCUGAAGCUGCAAUUAGCUCACUGCUUGAUAUGUCGAUUCGGUCACUUCCUGGGGAUCAUGCCCUGCCAUUACAACAGGUACUACCUGAUGUUCCACCAGGAAUGGCUGAUGCAGUGAACCGUGGAGGUGAACUCCUUGCAAAUCUAACAGCAGGCACGCCAUGGGAAGCUGUUGCUAAAGAGGUAGGUACCACUUUUGGCACUGACUCCGGCAUUCUGCGGACACAGGUCCCCGAGGAUGUCAAUGCGCUUGUCGAUGUAAUUGUUUCAUGGAUAGCUUCAAAUUCUGGCCCAAAGCUACUUCGUUGAUGACCACCCACAAUGUUUAUUGGAAUGUAAAUACCAGUGAACAACAUCAGGAUGUACUGAGGAAUUGUGAGUAAUGGAAAUUAUAGAUCACUCGUCAGGGCUA